UUAUAACAACAUAAAAGGAAAGAUUGUUCUCGUGUCCUCACUACUUAAUUGAGAACGUACGUGUUUGGAAGAACUGAAAUCAUUGCAAGCCCCUGGGACAUUGGCUAAAAUGGAAACGAGUUAUGCUGUGGUUCGUUUAUUGCUGUUUUUCUGCGGUAUCUGUGAGAUGAGGGCAGCUCCUUUAGAAGAGUUGGGGCACCCUAACGUUGUCAGUCCCACGCCCCAGUCGGCCGAUGCCGCGACCCUUGAGAAGUUUCAGGUACAUAUUACAGAGAAUGGAACCAAAUUGGUCGAGGACAUCUAUGUUGAUAAACAAAACGACAUCGAGUACUUCAAAGUACCACCGCACAAUGGACUCUCCGAGACGGACAAUCUGUACGAUUUCAGAAUGAACAUCACAGUUAGUCGUGUAAAGAAAGACCGUGUUUGCCAAAUCACCCCACUGCCAGAUCACCUUCCCAGACCUGACAUGUUGUCUAAAGGUCUGCAAUCGUUAUACGGAACGCCUCCUUCUCACAACAUCAGAAAGAUCUCAAGACAGUGGACCAUCGGACCAAUAGUCGACAAGUCCACUUUGAGAAAGGAAGUACGAGACUUCUGUGGCCAGUUCCCAGUCUACCGCCUGGAACCGUUCACUCCUGAUUCGGUAUCUUAUGGGAAAACUGGUAGAUCCAAGCGUGAUACACGUCGAUUGAAGCUUUGUACAAACGUUAGACCCCCAACAGGAUGUUACAUUGAUAACUGGUUGUACACAUGCCAAAUAGUGGAAAAACGCUGCGUUUAUCAUAUAACUUGCAGAGUGAAUCAGCAGCGAUCAACAUACGAUUGUGGAUCACUUUCAGAUCACCAAUACGACAGCCUAACCUGUUGCACCCCUAGUUGCCCUUAGCUUACACCACCUUAUGCUGAUUGUCUAGAAGACCAAAAUUGUCGCAAAAAUUCAAUAUUAGCUAAUCUAGGUGUUCAAUAAAUAUUUAGAGCCAAA